GCGAUUUCUCCAAUCUCGAGAACCUUGUCUAAUUGUGCUUCCAUCCCCAAAUCUAUUUCAUUGCCUAAAGCUUCAAUUAAUAUUAAAUUCCCAAAAAUGUCCACCGCGUCUUCCACAAUUAACACCGGGGUCCCCCCAUCGACUCGAUCCUCCGACGACAUUAUCGACAACACGCCGUUGCUUUCCCCUGCCUCCUAUGGCGAAUCCGGGAGCAAUUCCGCCACUCGAUUUUCCCGCCGUCAGUCCCUCCGUGAUGCCGCGCGCUUCCUCCGUCGCGCCAGCAGUCGUCGCAUGAUGCGGGAGCCCUCGAUGCUGGUACGCGAGACCGCCGCCGAGCAGCUUGAGGAGCGGCAGAGUGACUGGGCGUAUUCGAAGCCUGUGGUGAUUCUCGACAUCAUCUGGAACUUUGCGUUCGUUGCAGUGGCUGUGGCGGUGCUGAUAUUAAGCAGGAACGAGCAUCCCAGUAUGCCCUUGAGGUUGUGGAUUGUUGGGUAUGGGUUGCAGUGCGUGUUGCAUAUGCUUUGUGUGUGUGUGGAGUAUAGGAGGCGGCGGAGGAGGCGAGUGGGGUUUGGAAGGGUGGAGCGAGGGCUUGGAAGUGAUGGGAAUUCCAGUUCCCAAAUGAGAGGGGAUUCUGGGGAGUAUGUUACGUUAGCUCAGCUGCAGGAAGAUGGAACCAGUGUUGCAAAGCAUCUGGAAUCUGCAAACACUAUGUUUUCUUUUGUUUGGUGGAUCAUUGGCUUUUACUGGGUAUCUGCUGGUGGCCAAGCUUUGGCACAUGGCUCCCCUCAACUCUACUGGCUCUGUAUAAUUUUUCUAGGUUUUGAUGUGUUCUUUGUGGUUUUCUGUGUUGCGCUGGCAUGUGUCAUCGGCAUUGCUGUUUGCUGCUGUCUUCCCUGUAUUAUUGCAAUCUUAUAUGCCGUCGCUGAUCAGGAAGGAGCAUCUAAGGAAGACAUAGAUCAGCUCCCAAAAUUUAAAUUUCGCAGAACUGGUGAUAAUGAGAAACUUGCUGGCGAGGCACAAGGAUCUCUGGGUGGAAUAAUGACUGAAUGUGGCACAGAUUCACCAGUGGAACAUGUUCUUCCAGAGGAGGAUGCGGAAUGUUGCAUCUGCCUUUCUACUUAUGAUGAUGGAGUUGAGCUAAGGGAACUCCCUUGUGGACACCACUUCCACUGUGCCUGUGUAGAUAAGUGGCUGUACAUUAAUGCUACCUGCCCCCUCUGCAAGUACAAUAUCCUGAAGAGUAGCAGCCGAGCUAGGGAGGAAGUGUAAAACGAUUGAGAAUAAUGUUGAAAGUGUGGACGUUGCAUUUGAUUCUAGCUUUGAGAGUUUUCAAAGCACAGGUUGCCAUUAGACUAAAUACAGAGUUUGUUCUUGUUGUGAUAAUAGUUAUGGCUGUUGUAGUGGUGGUGGCACUCUUUGUUCCUGCUCUAGCUUGUGAAAGUGCAUAUGUAUAUUGAUAAUGCUUAGGGCAUCUGAUGCUAACCUCAUUGGAGCACUAGUUUGCUUUUGUUCUCAUUUAAUAUUUUUCACCCGUCUAUUUUAUUUUAUUAGUUGCAAACCA